ACACACACACACACACACAUUGGGUUUUUCAGUGAGGAGGAGAGGGACAUAAACUGCUUUUUAUUCAGCAACCAGCUCUGUGAGGAUCUGACAGAGCGUCCAGCAGUCACUCUGUGAACACACUUCUCUCUGACGGAGCUCAACCUCUCCAAUAAUUCACACUUUCACAUCCACAGCAGACUUACUCACUCUCUCUCUGGACUGGGCUUUUUAAACUCCUCGCAGGCUCUGGGCUUUCCUGGUGAUGACCUCAAUCCUGUGGCCUGGCAACACCUACGCUGCAAUGAAAGACCUCUCCUCAUCAUCUUCUCCUCUCACCUCCCUUCUCCAUUACUCUUCCUCCAAGCCCUCUGCUGUGCCCUUCUCCCCUUCGGCAGGUCCCACCUCGUCGCCGGGGGUCUCACUGUCAUCAGCGCCGCUCUCCAAACCACAGCCCUUCUGUCUGCAGACAGGUCCACACCUCAUAGCCAGCAUGCAGCUGCAGAAGCUCAACUCUCACUACCAAAACCUCGCUUCAGGGGUCUCCACGGGCCAUUUGGCACCCUGCGGAGCUCAGAAGAGUUUCAGUGGCUCACCGCUAGCCACAGCCAACCCUCUCCUGGGGCCCUCUGGAGGCCUUGGCACCGGGAGCAUGGGUAUGGGGAUCGGCAUGGCAGGCCAAGGCUCCGCAGCAGGUGGAAUUAUUGACUUUGAUCCCGUGGACGAGGAGGUUCUCAUGUCUCUGGUAGUUGAGCUGGGUUUGGACCGAGCCAACGAACUGCCGGAGCUCUGGCUGGGACAGAACGAGUUUGACUUCAUGUCAGAUGUCCCAGCUGGGUGCUGACAAGGAAAAAAAAUCACAAACAAUUGGAUUCAGUGGAAUUGAUCGACAAAGAGAGAGAAGUCUUUUCUCACUGUUUUGUUUUUGUCUCCCCUCCCUUUCUUGGUUGAUACACCGACGAAAUGAGGAGAGCGUUCAAGAGAUUCGAGGCACAUUCCUGUUUCUGUUUUACUGUCAUAGUAUUAUCUGCAGACAGGAAUUUCUACAAAAGGACAGCUCUCUAGUUUGUUUUGUAACAAGGUUGGUUUUUGUUUAAUCAGUGAGUUUGUUUCACUGUGAUGUUCUCCCUCUACGUUCAGUGUUCGUUUAAGAAAACCCAAAGCACAAGCAGAGUAUGUCCUCUUUUGUCCACCACUGCAUCACUGGGCCCUAAUGAAAACCAGCUGACUGAUGUGAGAGGGGUUCAAAGAGACAUAUGAGCCGAUCUCUUGGAGGCCAAACUAUAAAGACGAGUAAGAUUCAACUGUUGGACCUGGAUCGGUGCAUAAAGAAAAUAAAAAGCAGUGAACCAGGACUUGAUGGGAGAUCACCAAAAAAAAGGGCGACAAACACUAUGCUUCCUGUUUUCCUAAUAGACAAUAUUAAGCCUCCGCUCUCAUGGGAAAGAGACUUCAGCCUCUUUGGCUUCACAAAGAUCGGAUUGUCUGAGAACUAGUUAUCUCUACCUACUUCUCUUUCUUUGUUUUGUUUGGAUUUAGAUCAAGCAGUUGUGUCCUUGUUACUUAAGACAGCAGCUGAUAUCCAUCAGGAGUCUUGGACAAGGAGACCUUCUGUAGUCCCUGUUUUCUGAACAGGGACGUUUUAGGAGCAUGCGACAAUAAUGCCGUAAAAUGUGUCCAAUGAAACAACUGGACCCUUUUGGUCAUUUCUGUGCCAAGCUAAACUAAUGCAAUCUCAAAAUAUUUAUUCUGUGGUCACAAAACCCAAAAUGUUCUAUUCACACACCUUCAGUAUCACAGUUUUUCUUCUUUAUUGCUCUGAUACUAUUGUGAAAACAGUUUUUAGCUCAGACUGACCUUAAUGUCGCUUUCCUCCACGUUUCUGAAGCGGAAGUGAUCUCUGCUUCAUCACCAUGAGGCCUGCAAGCUUGUGUUUGCAUACCUUUCACCCUGACCAAACGAUGUACAGUCAAUCUGUCAUGAUGUCUAGAAUGGGAAAAAUCAAAAUCAAGAUAAAUUGCUUUUUUCCUCAAAUUUUAGCUUUAAUUUGGUGUUAUAUAAAACUGUAACACCUUGCUAGGUUUAAUAGGGUUAAUACUUUAAUUCAGCUUGGUAGCCAGCGGUUGCUUUUUAUUCUGGCAGAAGCAGCUAACAAAAUACACUGUUAUAGAGGAUUGAAACCACUUGCCUGUUGCUGCACAGAUCCCUCAGCCUUGACCCACUGAAACGCUAACCUGGAAGAGCAUCCUUAAAUGGGAUUGCAGUGGAUCUCACUAGUUCCCCGCAAUGCGUGUGAAUGCUCAAACAAAAUGGCAUCUGUUAAAGCAUGCGGUGAACUAACACUCACAGGGUACCAUGGUUUUUCAAACUCAAACUCCCAGAGUUCUCUGUCCUUUUUUUUUUUGUUUUAAAAAUAGAAAUAAAGGAAUUUACAAUGAAUUCAUGUCAGAUAUUUCUGGUCAGAUUUUACAUUUAGAACCUGCAAAACCAGCAGACAGUAAGUAAAAGAUGGAUGGAUGGAUGGAUGGAUGGAUGGAUGGAUUGAUGGAAGGAUGGAUGAUAUUUUUCAGGACUUUUCCAGACUAUGUAAGAACCCUGACCCUCUGUGAUGUUCUGUUUUAGCUUUCUGUUGCAACACAAAACACAAUUUUAUUGCUUUCAUUUAAAGGUGGCCUGAAAGAUUCAGGUUACACAAUCAAAUGUGUGUCUGUGGUAUGACUCAAAGCUACAGACAAAUGCUAAUAGGGGCCUUGGGUUUAUACUACGUAAACCUUUUAUUUACAUGUGAAACAAAGUUUAAUAGUGGUUUUCAUAUUAUCUUGCAGUACACAACUUGAAAUCACAUGAAAGGCCUGUCAUGUGAUUUUAUCACUUAGGAAACACAUAGAUGUGCAGUAAGGCAUAAAUCAGUAUUUAAUCAAGAUACAUGUGACAUGUCAAGCAGAAAGAAAGAUGUUUUUCACUCCCUGGUCUUUUCAUGUUUUCUGCUUACAUCGUGGUCAUGUAUUUAUAUGAUCGUAAAUAAAGUUAAAGCUGCAAUUCUC